AUGUCUUCAUUUUAUAAUAGUGAACUUCUUGACCGUUCCAAGUCAGAAUUAUCGAAAGAAGAAUUAUUACAACUGGAAGAAUUUGAGUUUAAACAUGGGCCAUUAUCGCUGAUAAAUGACUCUGUAUUAACAAGAAGACCCGUCAUCAUUUCUCUAAGGAAUAAUCAUAAAAUAAUAGCGAGAGUGAAGGCAUUUGAUAGACAUUGCAAUAUGGUACUAGAAAAUGUAAAGGAACUCUGGACAGAAAAGAAGGGUAAAUCACUUGUUAAUCGUGAGAGAUUUAUUAGUAAAUUGUUCUUAAGAGGAGACUCCGUAAUAGUGGUAUUAAAAGCACCUGUACAAUGA